AUGGCAAAGCAUACGAAGAGCCAUGCUCAUCCCAAACCUCCAAGCGGCGCUGCCAAAGGCAAAGGCAGUGCCGCGUCAGUGAGCAAGACUCCAAAAUCCAUGGUCAUCCGUAUUGGAGGCUCCCGGGUUGGCAGCAGUGUCAGCCAGCUGGUUAAGGAUGUUCGUCUCAUGAUGGAACCAGACACGGCAGUGCGAUUGAAGGAACGCAAAUCAAAUAGGCUACGGGACUAUGCGGUCAUGGCCGGUCCUCUGGGUGUCACGCAUUUCCUUCUUUUCUCCAAGUCAUCUACCGGAAACACAAAUAUGCGCUUGGCACUUACACCGCGCGGUCCUACGCUCAACUUCAAGGUGGAAAGCUACUCCCUGUGCCGUGAUGUCGAGAAAGCUUUGAAACGUCCAAGAGGCGGAGGUCAGGAUCAUAAAACACCGCCGUUGCUCGUGAUGAACAACUUCAACAGCCCCAAUGCCGACGAGAAUUCCAAAGUGCCAAAGCGCUUGGAGAGCCUAACAACGACCGUUUUUCAAUCACUUUUCCCGCCGAUCAACCCCCAGGCCACGCCCCUUAAGUCUAUCCGCCGUGUAAUGCUUCUGAACCGAGAGCCCGCUUCUGAAUCUGAUAAAGAGGGCUCUUACAUUCUGAAUCUGCGACACUACGCGAUCACCACUAGGAAAACAGGCAUCCCCAAGCGGAUCCGACGUUUGGACCCGAAGGAGGUGCGGAAUAGGGAAAAGCACAAGUCUGCUGUUCCCAACCUAGGGAAACUAGAGGAUGCCGCAGACUACCUUCUAGAUCCUUCAGCUGCGGGAUAUACAUCAGCCAGUGAAACGGAGCUGGACACGGAUGCUGAGGUCGAGGUCGCGGGAACGACGACAAGGAAGGUAUUGACGAAGCGGGAGAUGCAGCGUAUGAAAACAGGGGAGAAAGUCGAAAAGAAGACAACUACCGCCGAAGUGGAGAAACGGGCUGUCAAAUUGGUCGAACUGGGCCCACGAAUGAGGCUCCGAUUGAUCAAAGUUGAGGAAGGACUGUGUGAAGGGCGGGUUAUGUGGCACGACUAUAUCCACAAGUCCCAGCAGGAGGUCGAUGCUUUGGAUAAAACUUGGGAUCAAAAAAUCAAGGAAAAAGAGGCACGAAAGAAGCUCCAAAGGGAAAACGUUGAACGAAAGAAGCAGGAGAAGGCUAAAGCUCGAGCUGAAGGCAAGGAGGUAGAGGACGACGAAGAUGAUGAGGAUGUCGAUAUGGAUGAUGAAUGGAUAAGCGAUGACGAGGAAGAACAGAACCAGGAAGUGGAUGAAGAAGAUGAAGGUGACGAGUCUAUUGAUGAGUGA